ACGAACUGCUGUGACGAACUAUUUUUCUUUAGUACAUUUAGUUAAGAGUUUAGUUAAAGUCGAUUUUAAAGUUUUUAGAGACAGUUUGGAUAUUGGUUAAAAUGCAUCAGAGAGCAAAUCGGGAUAUCCUGCAAAGCUCCGCUUCUCAGGAAAAGAUAUUCCAAAGCCCGAGACCGUCCGUAGAACUACCAGUGAUUUCAUUGAGCGAUUACAUGUUUUCUCGGUUUCGAAGAUUUGAAAAUAGAAAAGCGCUUGUGGACGAUGCCACUGGCACUAUAUACACUUACUGGCAGCUGGAGGAUCUCUCAAGAAAGGUUGGCAGUUUCUUGUACAGGAAAGGGCUCCGAAAGAAUGACGUUAUCUGUUACUGUGGCACCAACAACCCAGAGUUUUGUUUUCUGUUACUAGGAUGUGCUUCUGUUGGUAUUGUCUUGACGACGGCUAAUCCUGCAAUCACGUCUGGAGAGCUGGAAAAGCAUGUGAAGCAUUCAGGGACGAGGAUGCUCGUUACUAUUCCUCCGCUUGUAAUAAAGGCAAGGGAAGCAGACAUCAGCGACAUUAUAGUUAUAGGUAAAGCUGAUGGUUGCCGGCCUUUUUCCGAUAUGUUAGCCGACGACGGCAAGUGUUUUCCGACGGAUAUUUCAAUCAACCCACAGGAAGAUGUUGUCAUUAUGCCUUAUAGCAGUGGUACCACUGGGCUUCCUAAAGGCGUGAUGCUAAGUCAUUAUAAUGUCGUAUCGAAUCUAAUACAACACCAAAAUGCUUUUAGUACCACCACGGAUGACACAUACCUCGCAGUACUCCCAUUCUACCACAUAUAUGGAAUGGUUAUGUCCUUGUGUGGUACAUUACAAGAUGGCGGUUUAGUGGUUAUACCCACUGGGUUCGAUCCUGAAGGAUAUUUAAAGGCAAUUGUGAAACAUAAGGUAACACAAAUUACUCUGACACCACCUUUAUUGUUGUUUCUCACUCGCCAUCCUGCCGUUGACAGGAUUGAUCUCUCAUGUUUACGCAAAAUAAUUUGUGGUGCUGCUCCGCUUGCAGAGGCAGUUUCCCAGGAGUUCAUGGGCAAGAAGAAUAAAAUUAUACGACAAAGUUAUGGUAUGACAGAGACCUCUCCUGUGGUUACUUUAGAUUAUGAAACAAUUACAGCAGGGUCUGUUGGACCGCUGCUUGCGAACACAGAAGCCAAGUUUAUAGACCCAGCGACUGGGAAAAGCCUGGGACGUAACGAGACGGGAGAGUUGUGUGUAAGAGGUCCUCAAAUAAUGAAAGGUUAUCUAAACAAUGAAAAGGCCACGAAAACAACGAUAGACGAAGAUGGAUGGCUACAUACAGGAGAUAUAGGACGUAUGGGAGACAACGACUGUAUUGUGAUAACAGAUCGUCUUAAAGAGUUGAUCAAGUAUAAGGACCUACAGGUCGCACCUGCAGAGCUAGAAGACUUGUUACACAAACAUCCAGCAAUAGAAGAUGUAGCAGUGAUUGGUAUGCCAGAUGAACGAGCUGGAGAGCUUCCAAUGGCUUAUGUUGUACUUAAGCCUGAUAUGUCACUCAGUGAACAUGACAUUAUAAAAUAUGUAGAACAAAAUGUUGCAGAUUUCAAGAAUCUGAGAGGUGGUGUCAAAUUUGUGAAAGAAAUAAAAAAGUCUCCGAGCGGGAAAAUACUGCGUAGGCUGCUCAAAGACCAGUUGUCAGGUUCACAGCAUUGACGAACAUUUGAAUACACUUAAAAAGGAUUUUUAACAUCAUUAACAUUGUUGUGUGAGUUAUAUAUUACUAAUAUAAAUAUUGACAGGAAUAUCUCACUGCAUAUUCACCAGAUACUUUUAUUCAGCCGCAUGUGGAAACAACAACAAUAUUUUACUUACGUACGCUUCACCUUAGGCAAGAGAAGUAACCGGUGCAACUAUUUCACGUUUGCAAUUGUCUGUGUGUUGAAAUUUUCUAACUAGGUCAAAACAUUGUAAUUAUACUUAAGGCUUUCAACUGGAUAUAUGUAUGGUGUUCGCAGCAAAUGCUUUAUGACGUAUUCGUACCAUCUUUCCCACCUGGAAUUGAUUUUUGACCAUCAAUUGAAAGGUAACAUAUAGCUUCUAGAAAAAAAGUAUAUUGUUUCCAUGGUUGAUGAUGUAAGUGUCAAAGUUUGUAAACUUUGUGUAUUUGAGCAAUAUUUUUGAACACUCAAAUUGUUGUUGUUAACCCAUUGUUAACUAGCAUAUUUCAAACGUUUUGUGGAUGUUGUGUGAUUUGGAAAGGCUUGCUUUUCCGAUAUAUUUUUAUUUUUUAACCCAAUGUUGUUCAGCAGGUGCAUUUUACUCUGCUAUGUGUGCAUGUUUAAACGUUUUCAAGCUACAUGCAUUUGUCAAGAACUUUUCUUUCAUAUCAAAUUUGGUAGUUCAUAGUCUGCACGUUAUAUUGUGAAAAGUAUAACAUACGUUUUGAUUAUCCAAAGCCACAACACUUUAUUGAACCCUUGAUUAACUUGAUUCAACGUGUGUCUGAGAUGGAGAUAUCCGCUCUCCAUGUAUGUUCUCAUACUGGUCUUCCAUUUAUAAAGUUAUUAUAAUGAAGAUUUAACUUACCAUAUUUGCGUUGCGGUGUUAGUAAGGACAUAAGGAUAGCAAAACAGAAAUUAACUUGUUUUUACUUGCAUUUUAAAGUAUAAGAGGCUCUUAGCCUUUGAGGUAGAUGGUCCCCACCUUCAAUUAAACUCCGUCUUCACAUGUAAUUGUUUUAGUUUAAAAUAUGGUGGGUCUUGGAGGAGACUCUAAACAUAAGUGUGUAACUCGGCACUUAUAGCUUGGAGUGAGCUUGGUAACGUCUUGUAUCAGCCCUUGAACUUAACUAUUGACGGGUAGAAAUGAGACGGCGAUGAUGGCGAUCGAUAAAUAUACGUUUGCAAGUCAAAAGUGUAGUAUCACCAAUACUAGAGCAUAUUCAAUGAAAAUGUUAAUUUAAAGUUAGUUAUGAAUAUUUUACCUUUUGGGUAGAGGCCCGUGUAUGAAUACUAU